AACAAAACAAUGUUCGGUAUUUGUGUUUGGUUUGUGUCCAAAUUUUUUGCCAAAAUAUCAAAUGACAGAAUGAAGGACUUCGUGUCGAUUUGGCAGAAUCUGUUGGACCGAACGGUCGGACGUGGUCCUUCGCAUUCGGUGCAGAUCCAGAGGGUGUCCGUGUCCGAUCCCGCUUUGCAUGUUCCGCACUCCCAAUCCACAUACAAAGGCGCCAUAAUUGUGUGUUUCUUGGGAAUGUUGGCCCUCUUGUCCGGCACCUUCAUCGCCCUCGCCAAACCGUACGACGUGCUCUUCAAAUGGAAAAGCACCUUCGGAGAUGGAGGAGAAAUCUACGAAAUUUGGAGGACUCCUCCGGUCGACCUGUACUUAAGGGUGUUCCUGUGGAACGUCACCAACAGGGACGAGUUCAUGAGCGGCAAACACACCAAACUGAAAGUGCAAGAGGUCGGCCCAUACGUCUACAAGGAACUGAUGUCGCACGAGAACGUCACCUUCAACGCAAACGGCACGUUGUCGGCGAACCCCAAACACACGCUCGUCUGGGUGCCCGAACUGUCCGAGGGGAGGCGGGAAGACGAUUUGGUGAUUAUGCCCAACAUUGCGCUCUUGAGCAUUGCGCAUGUUGUCUCCGACGAUUCCUACUUCACCAAGUUGGGUCUGAAUCUGAUAAUCAGACAAACCGAUUCCCAGCCUCUGGUCCAGAUGACCGCGAGGGAAUUCAUGUUCGGCUACAAGAGCGAACUGAUGAGUCUGGGCAACCAGUUCAUGCCCGCCUGGAUCUACUUCGACAAGCUCGGCCUCAUCGACAGAAUGUACGACUUUGACGGCGACUACGAAACCGUCUACACGGGGGAGACGGAUUUGAAGCUGAGCGGUCUGCUGGACACCUACAGUGGAUCCACCAAAAUCCCGCAGUGGGACAGCCCCUGCGGAGACGUCAAGUACGCUUCGGACGCCACCAAGUUCAACAGCUUCAUCAAACCCAACGACACGCUGCUGUUUUUCCGAAAGAGCAUGUGCAGAGCCAAGAAACUCGUGAGAGUGAACGAAACCGUUCACACGUCGAUGAAAGCGUACGUGUACAACUUUGAAAGCUCCGACGACAACGGUUGGGUCAACGAGACCAACAAAUGUUUCUGCCGCACCAACAAGUGUCUACCACCUGGACUGUUGGACGUCAACGGUUGCUAUUACGGUUUUCCCAUCGCCCUCAGUUACCCGCACUUCUUGGACGGCGACAAAACCCUCUCGAAGGACGUGGAAGGUUUAAAUCCCGAUCCGGAGAAGCACAGGUCAUAUUUCGUCGUACAACCUGACUCAGGUUUGCCUUUGGACGUAGCUGUCAGGUACCAAAUAAACAUGGCACUGGGUGACAUAAAAACCAUCGCCAACUCUGAACGAUUCGACAACAUGAUUUUACCCUUGCUGUGGACCGAAUCUAGAAUGUACUCGUUGCCCGAAACUCUGGCGACCAAGUUCCGCUUUUAUUUGAACGUACUGCCGACUGCUGAACAAGGAAGCAUGUACAUGUUCUUCGCAUCCGGUGCUCUGUUGCUCCUCUACUCGGUGAUAAAAUUCGUCAACUCCAGCAAGAAGCCGCAAAACUUCUACAACUGCCCCUAUUUAGAAGAAGAGUUCGGGCACAAACAGAUGAAACUCGACUGUUAUUUGCCGGAGAAAAGGGCGAGCAUGACCAAGCAAGAGCUGGAAGAUUACUUUUCCAGUUUGGUCACUCCCCUUAAUCAGGAGAUCAGUUUCCUGGAGUUCCAGGAAAUGAAGGAAGAAAUCGUUUGAAUUAUAUAACUAACUAACUACUACGUUAUUUAUUGUGAUUGUGAUACUUGAAUUGUGUGUAUGUAGUCGUGUGUAAGUCCAAAACAUGUGAUAUUACUAUUAUUAAUUAUCGUUUAGUCAUUUCAACAGUGAAUUUGUUGUUUUUAUACUUGCCACAAUUUUUUUUUAUAUCAGGAAACGUACGUAUUUCGUGUGAUUGAUUGAUUGAUGAUUGAUUGAUUGAUUGAUUGUUAACGAAUCGUGUGUGUUUGUUUUUCUCAAAGGCCAAAGAUAGAUACUUUUUUUUUCACGAUGAAAAGAGAAAUUAGGGAAAACUAAACGCACUCUUGUAAUUUUUCAUAAUUUAAAAGCAUGUUUCGUAGCGAUCAUCAGUAUUUUAUAUGUUUUUAUUCGCCGGGAAUAUUAAAUUAAUGUUUUUGUACAUAG